AUGAGUCCACAUCUAAAGUCUUGCAACUCGUUUAUAUAUAGAGAAUAAAGUGACUUUGAGUGAGAAAAGAAAAAAAUCCACAAAACUUAGCUAGAGUGACAAAUAAGUCAAAUAAAUGGGUGGAGAAAAGAACAAGGCAAGGGAUAUGGUGGAGGAGGAGGAGGAGCCGCUCAGCCCAUGCUCACGGUUGUUCAAUUCACCGGAUUUCAACUGUGCUAUAAUCGUCACAAUGGGAUGUAAAGUCAAAGGAAAUCCACCUGCAAUCAUCGACGGCCUUAAACACACACUCGCUAAUCACCCUCGCUUCUCCAGCAUAUUAGAUAUGAAGAAUGGGAAGAAAGGGAAACCAAGAUGGGUUAGGACAAAAGUUAGAGUAGAAGAGCAUGUGAUUGUUCCAGAUAUAGAACCCAACACUGAAAAUCCUGAUCAGUAUCUUGAAGACUAUAUCUCUAAGUUAACGACCGUUCCUCUAGAUUUGUCUAAACCAUUAUGGGAAAUUCACGUACUCUGCCUCAAGACAUCAAACGCUGAAUCCAUUGGCAUUCUCAAAAUCCAUCAUUCUUUGGGUGAUGGAAUGUCACUCAUGUCUCUUUUCCUCGCUUGCACCCGUAAAACAUCAGACCCCGAGGCUUUGCCUACUGUGGCGGUUCAGAAAAAACAGUUUGGACCUAGCUGCUACAUUGGUUUUUUCAACAAGAUUUGGUGGUUAUUUGUAGGGCUUUGGUUUAUCCUAAGACUGGUCUUCAACACUUUUAUUGAUGUCUUAAUGUUUGCUCUAACAAUUUGUUUCUUGGGGGAUACGGAGACUCCUCUCUUGGCAAAACCCGGUAGUGAACUUAAACCAAAGAAGUUUGUCUAUCGAAUUAUCAGUUUUGACGAUGUGAAGCUGGUGAAAAAUGCAGUGAACAUGACGGUAAAUGAUGUUCUCCUUGGAGUAACCCAGGCCGGACUUUCACGGUAUCUUACUAGGAGAUAUGAUCAAGCAGCGACACCGAAGUCCAAAGAUUUGAUGAGGAGAAUCCGACUUCGUUCAGCCAUUAUGAUUAACCUGAGACCAAACACAGGAAUAGAGGCUCUGGCGGAUAUGAUGGCCAAGAAAUCGAAAUGCAGAUGGGGAAAUCUCUUCGGUUACAUCCUCCUACCAUUCUCCCUCGGGCUAGAGACUGAUCCUCUAGAAUACCUUCGCCGAGCUAAAGUUACGGUUGACCGCAAGAAACACUCUCUUGAGGCUGUAUUCUCCAUGGCGUUCUUUAAAUUGAUACUUAAAGUUCUGGGGCUCAAGGCAAGUGUGGUCCUUGUUAGGAAAGUGAUCCAUAGUACAACAUUGUCAUUCUCAAACGUCGUCGGUCCAAAAGAAGAAAUAACUUUUCAUGGCCACCCGUUAUCUUAUAUCGCGCCUAGUGUUUUUGGCCACCCACAUGCUCUUACUCUACAUUUCCAGAGUUAUGAGAACAAGGUGAUAAUAUCAGUAACGGCCGAUCCAACAGUCAUUCCAGACCCUCACAAGAUGUGUGACGAUUUGGUGGAGUCUCUCAAGUUGAUUAAAUCUUCUGUCCUAGAAAGAGGAUUAUAUGAGAUGGAGGUUUAAUUGAAGCUCUUCUAUUGAUUGUGUUACAAUAUCAUAUGUCGAUGUAAAAACUUCUAAGACAUCAAUAAAGUUUUUAUAAACCAAAA